AUGAAGGAGGGGAAGUGGCUGGACUAUAGGUUAAACUGGGAGGAGCUGCUGAAAGCUAUAGGACAAGAACUCAUGGCUCUUGUAUUACUGUGUCUGCUGAAAGCAGCGUUGAUCAAGGCUGAUGAUUAUACCUGGGGUGGACCUGAAAACACAGGAACUGGAUCUGUUAAUCCCGGCUCAGAAAAUGUGUGUCUUACGGACCAGGCAUCAUGUGGCUGCUGUCUGAUGCAGCAGCAGAUACACAGGAUGACGCAGUUCUUCAACACAAGCCUGAAUGAGCUGGAGAAAGAGCUGAUAAAAUCAAUAACGGUCCUCAAUAACGUCAGAGCCAGCCGCAGUGCCUUCUCUGUCGCCCUAACUAAUCAGCAAAAGUUAGACUGCUUGGGCCCCUUCCGUGACGACAGGCUCAUCGCCUAUAAACAUGUCUUCAUCAAUCUGGGAGAAGGCUACAAUGUGGACACCGGUAUCUUCACCGCCCCCCGCUCUGGGGUCUACAGCCUUGCCCUCACCGUCUACAGUGAUGCCGGCUCUCCUGGGAACACCUUGGCUGCCUGUGCUAGUCUGCAGGUGAACGGACAGGUGAUGGCAGGACCCAGAGAGAGAAAUAUGCAGGACCAAGAGGACAGUGCUACUAUUGUUUUGGCCCUCCACCUGCAGGCUGGGGACAAGGUGGCUGUCAACCUGCCUAUUGGAUGUUUCCUCUGUGAUAACAGCAGCCAUUAUAACACUUUCACUGGUUUCCUGCUGUACGCUACUGACUAAGUUAGAGAAACAUAGCCACUCUGUCAUCCUGUACCUACAAGGUCUGAGUGAAACAAAAUCUUCCAGAGCUGGCGGUGGUUGUAACCAUUUAUUUAAGUGCAGUUUGUAACCUUAUCCAUCCAAACUCAUCUUCCGUUUGCUUGUAUUACUUUCUGGCUAAAGGAUGGUCUACAUGUACAUUUCUAAAUAAAAUUGUAAAGAAAACAUUUCAACAUGUUGUAACGCAUGUUUGUGUAUCAACUUUCCUGACAAACUGAUUAAUGUCAUACAAUCUGAGUCAUUUUUUUUUUUUGAAUGUGGUAACUGCUGACUAAAUUAUACUGGAA